AUGACAUCCUCGUUUGGUACAUCUAUUGAGCACAUAACUGCAGUCAAAGCUUAUCUCGAUCGCUUAUUCACCAUCAAGGAUUUGGGUGUCGCCAAAUACUUCUUGGGGCUGGAAGUAGCUCGCUCUUCUCAAGGUAUCAUUGUCACUCAAACUAGAUACAUCAAGCAUAUUGUGAUGGACACUGGUCUGCUUCAUGCUCGUGCUGCGACCACCCCUCUACCUCCCGGUAUUAAAUUUACAGAGGAUGCAGGCGCUCAGCUUCCUCACCCUGAACUUUACCGUCGUCUUGUUGGGAGGCUUCUCUAUCUCAAUUUCACAAGACCGGACACUUCCCAUGCUUGCUAA